AUGCAUUUUUCUCACUUCGAGUGCGUGCCGCACGCACAAUUCCUACAAAUCGCCAAACACCUGGACGACCAAAGCCUGCUAGCGCUCCGACUGACCUCGCACGAGGUGAAGUACCUAGUGGAGCCACUGACGUGGGCGCUCUUCGCGCGCAGCCUGGAGACGAUCGAGACGAACCUCUCGUACGACAGCAUCUGGCGCAUCCACUACGAUCUCUGCCGACCCAGAGGCAACCCGCUGGCGCAGCUCGUCAAAAGACUCGCGAUCCGGUAUCCGUUCACCGGGCCGAACACCCCCUUCAACCGGGCCGCCAUCUCCAGCGAGAUCGAAGACCCGCUGGCGCUCCGCGAGAUCCGGAUCCUGCGCGAUGAUCUCGAGGGCGCGCUCACCCGCUGCCGCGACUUCGCCUUCUACCUUGACUCGCCGGCGGGGCCUAUCGACUGCAUCCAUUCCGGUGAUGUCGUGCGCGUUAUGUUUGACGUGUUUAAUGCUGCGAGGAUCCCGCUGCGGAGUCUGAAGAUCAUGACGCAUUUGCAUCGGGUUCGUCGUGGUGGUGGUGGUGGUGGUGGGAGCUGUAGCGGGGGUCGGAGUCGCAGUCAUAGUCGCAGCAGCAGUAUAGGCAGUGGAAGCGGUAUCAUCGAGCAGCCCACCACCAUCCAGCGACAGAUCAUGCAGCUGCCCAACUUGACCGUUCCGGCGCUGCAUCCGGAGUGUCUGGGCAAGCUGCGCAAGCUACAUCUGCAUGAUGACUAUUUUCGUGAGUUCCGCGGUACGUCUAUUGUCUGGGAGCUGCUGGAGUGCACGCCGGCGCUCGAGGAGUUGAGGGUGGUGGGUGCCCGGCGCGUGCGCCCCACGGGGAAUAUCCUCGAGGCGCUGUCGACGGCGCAGCUCGCGUCGCAGAGGAUUCGCGUGUUCGAUGUCCGUAAGGUAGAGGUCACCGUCGGGAUUCUGCAGAGAUGUCUCCUCAACAUGGCGGAAAGGGGCCUGGAGACCCUCGAGCUUAGGGAUGUCGUGCUGGAUGCGCGCUCCGGCUCCUGGGAGGAUGUGCUCGGCUGCGCGUGGCGCGAGUGUCUUGAUCUCUCCCGUCUCGUGCUCAGCGGUCUCGGUGUCAGGCGUGAUCACUGCGUGAGAACGAUGUUUCGGCCUGGAUCUAGUAUGAUCGUGUCGGGUUCGGUCCUGCGCGUCGGCGAGGAAUUGAGGCAGUUGGUUCAGAGAGCGAGGAUCAUGGAGAUCUAA